UGUGAAACAGCUUACAGGCUAUUCUGAGCCGCUAUCCUAUUACCCAGAGUUAUUGUGUCACCGCCAUCUGUUCAAGACGCCUGGUGCGUGGUGCGACAAAUGCGUCAUUGCGCUCAUAUCUGCCCAUUAUGAAAAUGCAUGCGGGGAAGUGGGAAUUUACGCGGGGUACCUGAAGGCAGCAGGGGGGAGUUAGAGACAGAGAGAGCGCGAGAGAGGGAGACAGAGAGAGAGAGAGAGAGAUUUGUUCAUCAGCGCUUUUUCCGUUUUCUGGGCAGUCGCUCUGCCUCCUCUGUCGUGUCACCGGAGUAAAAAAAAAAAAAAAAAAAAAAAAAAGAGGAAGGAAUAUGGUUUCAUCUGACGCUCCUCCCGUUCCAGAGCUGCUGUAGCGGAUCUCUAGUACGAGGAGGAGGCUGGGGCUGGGGCUCGGUCCGGUACAAACCUCCCUCUCUACCUGAAACAACCACAGGACUCCUUUCUCUUCCCGUUAUUCACCCCAUCCCGCAGGAAACCAACCAGCACACCGAGAGACAUAAAUGGUGGAGGCCGUGGUGGAGUUCGACUAUGAGGCUCAGCAGGACGAUGAGUUGAGCCUGACGGUGGGCGACAUCAUCGUAAACAUACGCCGCGAUGAUGGAGGAUGGUGGGAGGGCGAGCUGGGGGGACGAAGGGGGCUGUUUCCAGACAACUUCGUCAGGGAGAUAAAGAAAGAAGGAAAGAGGGAUGGAGGACAGGCGAGCAUGAUCAAGUCCGAACUUUCCAACGGCAGGGCCAGCCCCGUGUGCGACUCAAGCGUACGACCGGCCAAGAAAGGAGAGCAAAUCCGUAAGCGAAGAUGUAAAGCCGCCUUCAGCUACGUGCCUCAGCACGAGGAUGAGCUGGAGUUGAAAAUAGGAGACAUCAUUGAGGUCAUCGCAGAGGUGGAGGAGGGUUGGUGGGAAGGAGUUCUUCAUGGGAAAACUGGAAUGUUUCCCUCCAAUUUCACCAAAGAGAUCAUGUCAGAGUCGGACAUGGCGUCUAUAGACACGCCCACGUCGCAGGAGGAGGUUCGCAGUGUUAGAACCAGUAAGGACAGCCCAGGCAGCGAGAGCGAUGGAACAGACAGUAGAUCAGACGUAGGAUCAGGAGAAAUCCAGCCGAAGAAGGUCCGGGGGUUCGGUUUUGGUGACAUCUUCAAGGACCAGCCUAUCAAGCUCAGACCUCGCUCUCUGGAUGUGGACUCUGAGGGGGAUAAGGCCGGCGAGGGGAAAGCAGCAGCAGCAGUAGCAAGUGUGGUCCCCGAAACCAUGAAGACUGAACCUGACAGCAAAGCAAAAGGGAAGGAACAGUGUAAAGUCCUUUUCCCAUAUGAAGCACAAAAUGAAGAUGAGCUGUCAAUCAAAGAGGGGGAGAUCAUCAACAUCAUCACCAAGGACUGUGCAGAUGCAGGCUGGUGGAUGGGGGAGAUCGGAGGGAGGCAAGGUGUCUUCCCAGAUAACUUUGUGAAGCUGCUAGUUCCUGAAGUGGAGAAGGAGAGACCAAAGAAACCGCCUCCUCCCAGUGCACCUUCUGCCAAACAUGCCCCAGAGAAAAAGCCAGAGGUCAAGAAGGUUCCUCCUGAGCGACCUGAGCAUCUUCCUCAGAGAGACCAGGAUCGAGGUGAAGAGUUGAAGGUUGGAGACAUCCCCAAGCCCUCCCUCCCGUCUGUCCUCCCCAAGAAACCCCUCCCCCCAAAGACAACCAACUCCUUCUCGUCCUCCCAACCCCCACGGCGUCCUGAGAGACCGCCCACUCUCACGUGUGAAAGCCCCAAGUCUGAGGGCAGGGCUUCAACCCCAGACUCUGCCCCUGACAGGUCACAUGACACUGAGGUGGACCUGGAUGCGGUUGUGUCUUCAACAGAGAAACUGAGUCAUCCGACGGCUUCGCGGCCAAGAAUCACAGACCGCCGGCCUCGCUCACAGAUCAUCACACCUUCGUCUCUGUCCACCACCGACCUGCUGGACUCCUCUGCAGCUGAGGACAGGAAGGACAAGGACAGAAGCAAGGAUGAGUCGGAGCCUGUGGCGCCUAGAACUGUAGACGUUGCCCUGAGAAAAGGAGUUCCCACCAUCCAUGUACCCGAGAGUAAAGCACCGCUGCCUGCCAAACCCUCAGUCCUGACCCCACCGAACACCACCGGCCAUCGACCCUCAUCCCCAUCUUCCUCCUCGGGUCUUAGCCCCUCCCCCGAGCUUCGGCAUUCACCUCUGACCCCGCCCACGCUGGAGGAACUCAGGAACCAGCUGCGUGACCUGAGAGCUUCCGUAGAACUGCUGAAGAGCCAACACAGGCAGGAGAUGAAGCAGUUGUCCAGCAGCCUGGAUGAGGAGAAGAAGAUACGUAUUAGUUUACAGAUGGAAGUAGAGCACAUAAAGAAGAACCUGUCGAAAUGAAACCUAAAGCAUCCUCAUCUGCCCGUUUGAUCGCCACAUCAGAUGCCAGCGUUCGACCACACUCUCACCGCUGGCCGAGACAUUUCAGCCAAAUCGACGUCUGUGCCAAAUGAUCACGACGACCCCCUUUCAGAAACUAUACAUCCCCGCCUUAUCCUGCGUUUACUUCUGUGUUUUACUUUUGAGUUUUAAGAGGCUUCUCUGUUACGUUUACUGCUGUUUAGUCAGAGCUCGCUGUGCCACCGGUACCGACCUCAGCAUGUCGCUGUGUGUUGCCACGGUUACAGAACGACAACACAGAGCCGCCGCCGCCGCCACUGACCUCACUGGUACUUUAUCCUUUCAGAGCGUGAGGGGAAACCGGGAACUCGGCCCGGUUUCAGAAGACCUCUGUGCUGUUCUGUGUCCACUCUGCGGCCUUCGCCUCUUAUCUCUGUGUGUGAAAGAAAAGAGUGUGAGAGUUUUUCAGUUUCCAUCCGUCAAGGGGGGGUGGGGGGUCCGGUGUGAGUUUCAGAUUAGAGAUUAGAUUUUGAAGCACAUUGUCGCAUUAUAGUUCCAUUUUUUGACACACUGAGCUUGAUGUUUCUAUGGUACACUGCAGGCGGGUGAUUCCAAGCAUCAGCCAUUUGCAGCAACACUGGUGUUCAGACACAUUUCUACAGCGUUUUUCUUGAUACAUUUUUAAUUAGCAGUCAAAUAUGUCAACUCUUGGGAGGUACAAUAAGCACAUGAGUUUAAAUAAACUAACCAACGUGACAAGUACUAAUACUGUAGGUGCUAUUUAAAGGAAUAGUUUGACAUUUUGUGAUAUAUAUACUUGUCCUGAGUUGACCUUCGAGGGUUAUAGGGCGUCAAACUCAAGGUCACAUGCACGUUAAAUGUCCCAGACCUGUAAAAUCUAUAUCAAAAUACUAGAAGGUCUCAGAGCAUCUGUGUGUGUAUUUGCACAGUUCAGAGAAAUUGAGAUGUUUUUAAGUUCACUUCAAUUAUAUUUGUAGAGACUCUGCACGGAGAAGAACUGGACCUGGAGUCAAACCCAAGACUAGGAUUUGUAUUUGAUUUUUUUUAGUUAGAUAAUGAGUAUGGAUGGACAUUUUUAUUACUU